UUACUUUAUGAUAAUGAUGAACAAUACACCUUAACAAUUGCUUUUCCUAACACCCCUAUAUAUACACAUCAAAACAAUCGAAAUACCACACAAGUGGCUGUUUGUAACGGAUACAAAAACAACAAUACUCGUCAUUAUCCUCCAAUAUUAACAGACAUUCCUCUUGAGAUCCAAAAUGUUCUAAUGUUUCACAGAAGAUACCUCUCUCCUGUGCAUAUGAGCUGCUCAUUAGGGCGAACUGCUGGCACUAACCACUAUACCCAUUACCGUCACCUAGAAGGAUUAAUAAAUAUCUCACAUAACUAUCGCACAUUAGAAGUUUAUUCUGGAACUGCUGGUGCCUAUCUAAACACGAAUGAACCUCCAAAUUGGUUUCAUGAAACUCUAAUUCCUGCCUCAAAUUGGCUUAAACAACAUAAUGAGCUUAUUAAAAAAUACGCAUCAAACAUUAAUAUUACACACCCAUCUCCAGAAAACCCAGUGCCUGUUCUAUUACCUCUAGCAAGACAAUCAAUUAAUACUCAAGAAUCAUUCUCUAACAUAUAUCGCAGUAACCUUCCAGACAAAACCUCACGUCCCUCCGACUUAGUCGUUCCCAAUGAUUCAUUCCCUCUAGAAAUUCACAAUGAAGACUCGCAUUAUAAUCGAUUAGUAGCUGGAUCAAUAAAUAACACUAACCUUCCCAUCCUAUUUAAUAAUCCUGAUUUAGAAGCAUUAAUAUUUCCUGACCUAUUUUCUAAUAGUAAUAGUUAUUAUGAAAAUAUAAGACAACUUUUAAACUUUCAACCUUCAUUAGAAAGUUAUGGAAAAUAUAUAAAAUUAAGAAUGUUAUGA